AUGAGCAGGACAUACAAAGAAGUGGCACAUUGGUAAAAAAUAAAAAUCCAAGAAUCUGAUAAGUCUCACAAGCCUCCUCCACCCAGGAAUCUGGUCUUUGAGUCUCCUUCAUCGAGGUCUAAUUUCAUCCUUACCUUUCCAUGGAGACAACGGUCAGGGUGGAGAGAAACACAAAAGUGGCCUCCUCUCGCUCCUCUUCAAAGGCAAGAAGAGGGCCCAAGAAGGACAACUCCGCCACCUUACGGGAAAGGCGACACAGACAUGGCAAGGCGGCAAAGCCAACGGUGCCAGUGAGGAAGAAAGAGGUGAUGGGCACGGAAAGCGAGGAGGCCGUCGCCCCGCCGGGGCAGUCGGAGGAGAAAAAAGUGAAGGGGAACUCCACAGUCAUCAACGUGGAUAGCGUGAGGGACACCGAGGAGGAAGAGGAGGCGGAGGAGGCGCUCGGGCUUCUACAGUGGGAGCAGCAUGAGGAUGGCUUAAAGCAAAGGACUCUGGGUAUUUGUGAAUGGCUCCUCAUCAUUUUAGCAGUUGUCAUCAUAAUCCUUUCCUUUCCCCUGUCCAUCUGGCUCUGCGUGAUGGUAGUCAGAGAGCAUGAACGAGCAGUGAUCUUCAGACUGGGACACCUACUGCAGGGAAGGCCUAGAGGACCAGGACUCCUGUUCUACAUCCCGUUUUUAGAUGUGUGCCAGAAAGUCGACAUUCGGUUGAAAAUGCUGAAAGUUCCCGUUCACACGGUGGUGACGAAGGACUUGGUGAGUACAGAGCUGAGCUCCGCCUGCUAUUACCGCGUAGAGAAUGUGUCGCUCUGCUUCACGGUGCUCUCCGGAGUCUCCUCCAUGCUGCAGGCGCUCGUCCAGCUCACCGACAGAGAGGUCCUGGCUCACCGCACCUUCAACCAGAUUCUGCUCGACAGGAAGGACAUCACCAAGGAAAUCCAGGUGGCUCUGGACGCCGUUACCUCUAAGUGGGGAAUCAAGGUUGAGAGAGCAGAAAUAGAGGAUGUCCGCAUCCCCGCCGAGCUCCAGCGCAGUGUGGCCGCGGAGGCGGAGGCCAGGCGGCUGGCCCAGAUCAAAGUCAUCGCAGCAGAAGGAGAGAGAGCGGUCUGUGAAGCCCUCAAGGCCUCCAUAGAUACGUUGUCGGGAUCCCCGGCUGCAGUCCACCUGCGCCUGCUGCAGCUCCUGCACACCCUGCGCACAGACCACCCGGCCCUUGUCCUCAACCUGCCCUCCGACCUCAUGACCCUGCGCCCUGAUGUGUCCCCCACCCUCGGUCUACCUCCGGCCACGCCCACAGACGACGACCCCACAAAGACGUCCCAUACAGACUCCCCCAUGAUGUAAACUGCAUCCUGUUCCACUUUCACGCAUUAAAGCCCAAUCCUAGACAGAACAGAAAUAAGCAAAAAUAAAAAUGGUUUUCUUGGGUGUCCUGCAGGUGGCGCUGUUUCACUCAUGGAUUGAAAUGCGCCAUUCAGG